UGCUGUGCAAGAGCACCACGGCCCCAAAUCGUUUCUGUCUUCCAUUCCGAACGGCGUCCUGCAACCUCGUCGACCGGUGAGCUUAGGAAAUUAUCCAGCUUGAUGGUGUCAGCGUGCUCCUCGGAUUCUCGCAGCUUAUGCUGUUCAGAUGGAUAAAAUUGUCUGCGACCAGGCUGCAAGCUCAGAGACUUGCGUCCUAUUCUAGCAUCUGGUUGAGGGGCCGAUUAUCAACCUCCGAAGAGCUACUUGUGAUCGGUUGCUACCUUAUGGGCGUGUGUGCGCGUGUGUGUUCGUAUCAAUGCCUUUCGACAAACACCUACGUCAGUCAGCCUCGGCAUGCCACAUUCAUGGCUUACGGCCGCAAGUGCUGUUGCAUAUUAAGGAAACCAACACCAGCCAUGCUACGGAUGCAUUAUUCAUCCUAGACCUGUCGACUGCUUGGGCCCUGUCAUAAUUGCUCAACUGCUAGCAUAACUAGUUCUUACAACAAGCGUGUAAGUGGGUGAGAGGUAGCAUGAUUAUGACGUGCCGGUAAUCC